AGGCAGAACUGCACGCCUCGCCAGGAAGAGAAAGAACCUGGGGGAGGGGGAGGCGCGGGCGCAGCUCGGUCCAGCCCCGCGGGCUCGGCGCGGCCCCUCGGCCCCGGCGCGCGCGGCGGCGUUUCAUUAGAGCCCUGGACGCAGGCCCCUCGCCGGGAAGUUCCCCGCCGGGAGCGAGAUUUACGGUCCCCUCCCCCCGCCGGCUCGCGGCCUCUCGGUGUCAGGCAGGAGCGCCGCAACCUAAAAUGGAGCCGGGCCGGCGCGGCGGCGGCAGCCAGGCGGCGGGCUCCCGGGCGGCGGGGCCGCGGGUCCCCACGCUCCGCGCUGCGCCCGGGCGCACACGCGCGCUCUGACCGCGGACGGCGCCCGGCCCGCCGAGCCGCCCCUUUCCCUGCCCUCGCGCGGCUGUCAGGCGGCGCGGGCCGGCGGAUAUUGGCUCGCACACGCCGAGGCUCCUCCCCGAGCUGGAUCUUUAUAUUUUGGGAGAAUUUCUUUGAACUCAGUUACCGAGCUGCGGGGAGGAGACGAGCGCCCACAGCCGGCUCGCUGGCGGGGGCCCGGCGGGGGCUCGCGCACCUUCUCCGCGGCGGCCACGUGCCCCGAUUGUGAGCCUCCUCUCCCGCGUGGAGGAGCACGCACUUCCUCGGCUGCGGGAAAAGCCGGUGAUCUGGCUGUGACCGUGGAAAGGGAGCGUGUGGCUGGAGGAGCAGAAGAGGAUGCGGGGAAGCAGUAUUUGAAGAAAGGAUAAGCCGCCCACUCCAGCCCCUUCUGCAAAUUGGUGCUCUUACUUCGGGGGCCCGUGUGCCUUUCUGCCCCCUCCCCCCAAUUAAGGAGCCUUGACUUGAGGACCAAAGGACAGCCCCCCGCCACCGGAGACCCUUCUGGGCUGCAGACCUUGUGGAUGUAGCGCUGGGGGACCAUUAGACUCUCUUCUGGAAAAGCCACCAUGAAUUCGGUCGCUGGGAAUAAAGAGAGGCUCGCCGUUUCCACCAGGGGCAAGAAAUACGGGGUGAAUGAAGUCUGCUCGCCCACCAAGCCCGCGGCGCCCUUCUCCCCCGAGAGCUGGUACCGCAAAGCCUACGAGGAGUCGCGCGCGGGCAGCCGGCCCACCCCCGAGGGCGCGGGCUCGGCGCUCGGCUCGUCGGGGACCCCGUCCCCCGGCUCGGGCACCUCGUCCCCCAGCUCCUUCACCGGCUCCCCGGGCCCCGCCUCCCCGGGCAUCGGCACCAGCUCGCCGGGCUCCCUGGGCGGCUCGCCGGGCUUCGGCACCGGCUCCCCCGGCUCGGGCAGCGGCGGCGGCUCCUCCCCCGGCUCGGACCGCGGCGUCUGGUGCGAGAACUGCAACGCCCGCCUGGUGGAGCUGAAGAGGCAGGCGCUGCAGCUGCUGCUCCCCGGGCCCUUCCCCGGCAAGGACCCGGCCUUCUCAGCUGUCAUACACGACAAGCUGCAGGUCCCCAACACCACCCGCAAGGCCUGGAAUGACAGGGACAACCGCUGUGACAUUUGUGCGACGCACCUGAACCAGCUGAAGCAGGAGGCCAUCCAGAUGGUGGUGACCUUGGAGCAGGCAGCGGGCAGCGAGCACUACGACGGCUCCCCCGGCUCGCCCCCACCCCUGCCCAGCAUCCCCGCGCUGGGGGGGUCCCGGCACGUGGGCGGGCUGCCGCAGCCCCGGGACUGGGCCUUUGUGCCCGCCUCCUAUGCCUCCUCCAACUACGCGGCCUUCGUCACCAACAAGCACAACGGCAAACCCAGCAGCCUCGGCGUCAGCAAUGGGGCCGAGAAGAAGAGUGUGUCCCCCACCCAUCAGGCCAAGGUCAGCCUCCAGAUGGCCACCAGCCCCAGCAACGGGAACAUCCUCAACUCCGUGGCCAUCCAGGCUCACCAGUACCUGGAUGGCACCUGGUCCCUGUCAAGAACCAAUGGGGUCACCCUGUACCCCUACCAGAUCUCCCAGCUGAUGACAGAGACGGGCCGGGAGGGCCUGUCCGAAGCGGCGCUGAAUCGCUACAAUGCAGACAAGCUGUCCGCCUCCGGCGCCCCGGCCUCGCAGGGCUCCUGUGUGGCCACCGAGACCUCCACGGGCACCUCCGUGGCCGCGUCCUUCUUCGCAAGAGCUGCCCAGAAGUUGAAUCUGUCCUCUAAGAAGAAGAAGCACCGACCUUCCACUUCCGUGGCCGAGCCCCCUCUCUUCGGCACCAGCUUCAGUGGCAUCCUGCAGACCUCUCCGCCCCCCGCCCCGCCCUGCCUGCUGCGGGCCGUCAGCAAGGUGAAGGACACACCGGGCCUGGGCAAGGUGAAAGUCAUGCUGCGCAUCUGCUCCACGCUGGCCCGCGACACCUCGGAGUCCAGCUCCUUCCUGAAGGUGGACCCCCGCAAGAAGCAGGUCACGCUGUACGACCCCCUGGCGUGCGGAGGCCAAAGCGCCUUCCAGAAGAGGGGCAGCCAGGUGCCUCCCAAGAUGUUCGCCUUUGACGCGGUUUUCCCGCAGGACGCUUCUCAGGCGGAAGUGUGCGCUGGGACCGUGGCGGAGGUGAUCCAGUCCGUGGUCAACGGGGCGGACGGCUGCGUGUUCUGCUUCGGCCACGCCAAGCUGGGCAAGUCCUACACCAUGAUCGGGAGAGACGACUCCACGCAGAGCCUGGGCAUCAUCCCCUGCGCCAUCGCCUGGCUCUUCAAGCUCAUCAAUGAACGCAAGGAGAAGACCGGCGCCCGCUUCUCCGUCCGCAUCUCGGCCGUGGAGGUGUGGGGCAAGGAGGAGAAGCUGCGGGACCUGCUGUCCGAGGUGGCCACGGGCAGCCUGCAGGACGGCCAGUCCCCGGGCGUGUACCUGUGCGAGGACCCCAUCUGCGGCACGCAGCUGCAGAACCAGAGCGAGCUGCGGGCGCCCACGGCCGAGAAGGCCGCCUUCUUCCUGGACGCCGCCCUGGCCGCGCGCCGGGGCCACCGGCAGGACUGCGACGAGGACGACCUGCGCAACUCACACAUGCUCUUCACGCUGCACAUCUACCAGUACCGCAUGGAGAAGAGCGGGAAGGGCGGCAUGUCCGGGGGCCGCAGCCGCCUGCACCUCAUCGACCUGGGCAGCUGCGUGAAAGCGCUCAGCAAGAACCGCGACGGCGGCGCCGGGCUGUGCCUGUCCCUGUCCGCGCUGGGCAACGUCAUCCUGGCCCUCGUCAACGGCAGCAAGCACAUCCCCUACAAGGACAGCAAGCUCACCAUGCUGCUGCGCGAGUCCCUGGGGAACGUCAACUGCCGCACCACCAUGAUCGCGCACAUCUCGGCCGCCGCCGGCAGCUACGCCGAGACCCUGUCCACCAUCCAGAUCGCCUCCCGGGUCCUGAGGAUGAAGAAGAAGAAAACAAAGUACACCUCGAGCUCGUCGGGGGGAGAGAGCUCCUGUGAGGAAGGCAGGAUGCGCAGGCCGACGCAGCUGCGGCCCUUCCAGGCCAGGGCCGCCGUGGACCCUGACUUCCCCGUCCCGCAGCUGUCCAGCGACCCCGACUACUCCUCCAGCAGCGAGCAGUCCUGCGACACGGUCAUCUACAUCGGGCCCAGCGGCACGGCGCUCUCCGACAAGGAGCUCACGGACAACGAGGGCCCCCCCGACUUCGUGCCCAUCGUGCCGGCCCUGCAGAAGCCCAGGGGUGACAGCCGGCCCCCCGAGGCCGGGGCGGCCGCGGCCCGCAAGCCCGAGAGGGACUGUCUCAAGUGCAACACGUUCGCGGAGCUGCAGGAGCGGCUGGACUGCAUCGACGGCCGCGAGGAGCCCGGCCUUUUCCCGUUCCCGGAGCUGCCUGCCCAGGGCGGGGCGGAGCAGGCGGGCAAGGGCCCCCCGCUGAGCCCCGCCGCCCGGGCCAGCCUGCUCUGUGAGUCUGACAAGGAAGACGCGGGGUCAGACGGCCAGCUGACCGACAGAGGAGGUGCUGACGCCCCGGCCUCCGGGAUGCCCAGGGGUCACUCGCCUGUCCCGGCCGCCACCCCUGCCUCGCCCCGGAGUGUCCCCGGCGGCACCAGCCAGCAGGGCGCCUCCCAGCUCGUGCGCAGCCCCAGCCUGCAGAGCAGCCGAGAGAGCCUGACCUCCUGCGGGUUCGUGGAGGGCAAGCCCCGGCCCCUGGGCUCCCCGAGGCUGGGCGUCGCCAGCCUGUCCAAGACGGCCGAGUACCGGCCGGCCAGCUCGCCCUCGCAGCGGUGCAAAGUCCACACCCAGAAGGGCGUCCUGCCCGGCCCCGCGCCCCCGUCCCCCCUGAGCACGGACUCGGGCGUGGUGUCCGGGGAGGCCCCGCCACCCGAGGGGCGCACCCCCCCGGUGGGCAUGAGCCCCCAGGUCCUGAAGAAGUCCCUGUCUGCCGAGAGCCAGGGGUCCUCCCACAGCCCCUCCGAUGACACGCGCCAGGCGGCGUCUCCAGGCUCCAAGGGGGUCGUGAGCACCACGACGGUGACGGUGCAGCAGCCGCUGGAGCUGAACGGCGAGGACGAGCUGGUGUUCACGCUGGUGGAGGAGCUGACCAUCAGCGGGGCCCUGGGCGGCCGCCCCGCCAGCAUCAUCAGCUUCAACAGCGACUGCUCGGUGCAGGCGCUGGCCUCGGGCUCGCGGCCCGUCAGCAUCAUCGGCAGCGUCAGCGAGGACCUGGAGCGCGGCCCGGGCGCGGCCCCCGUCUCCGAGGUCAGCAUCACGCAGUUCCUGCCCCUCCCGACGCUGGGCCUGGAGGAGAAGGGCCGGGAGGCAGGCAGCCGGCGGUCCUCCAUCAGCUCCUGGCUGAGCGAGACCAGCGCGGGCAGUGACGGCGAGCAGUCCUGCCACAGCUUCAUCGCGCAGACCUGCUUCGGGCACGGGGAGGCGCUGGCGGACCCGCCGGCCUCGGAGCUCCUGGGCAGCGUCCAGAAGGCCGCCGUGUGCCGAGAGAAGCCCGGGGCGGGCCCCGACAGCGUGCUCAUCCUGUCCGAGCUGGGGGAGGGCUCUCUCCCCAAAGCCACCGCCCCCCAAGGCUGCAAGGUCUCCGCCCUGGGCAAGGCCAUGGUCACCAUCUCCAACACGGCACACCUGGGCGGCGGCGGAGGGUGCGUCCCCGUGAAGACCAACAUCACCGUCUACCCCUGCAUCGCCCUGAGCCCCCGGCGUGGCCCUGAGGCGAUCGGCGCCACCGUCCCCAAGGCAGCCCCGCCCCAGGAGAGCAAGGAGGCCAGCGCCAGGAAGGGGAUGACGUUCGAGGACCCGUGGCUGAGACGAGAGGAGGAGGCCAAGAAAGAGACUGCGCCUCCCAGGGAGGACGGGGUGAGGCCCGAGGCGGCCACGGGCCCCCCACAGCCCGAGGCGGGAGCCGAGCGGGACCAGCCCAGGCAGACCAGCCCCGGCCACAGGCUGAGCGGCGAGGUGGCCGCCUCCCCCGGGACCGACAGCGUCAGGAGGGUGGUGGACGGCUGUGAGACGGCCCAGCCCAGCGGGGCUGCCCAGAGCCCCGUGCCCCCCAGCAGGAGCCUGCAGUCCGGCAGCCUGCCCCGGGCUUUCCAGAAAGGCGGCCGGCAGGAGCUCGAUGGCCUCUGCUACCACUGCGCCCCCGAGACCAACGGCGUCGCUCUGGGUGGCCAGGCCUCCCGGGCGACCCUGGAGAGGAAGGUGGCGUCGCCCAAGCACAGCGUCCUGGCUCGGCCCAAAGGCACCCCGCCGCUGCCCCCCGUCCGCAAGUCCAGCUUGGACCAGAAGAACCGGGCCAGCCCCCAGCACAGCGCCGGCAGCAGCGGCACCAGCAGCCCCUCGAACCAGCCCCCGCCCUUCCUGGCCAGCUUCCCCGACGAGCCGGGCGGCAGGACGAGCACCAGCAGCAGCAGCAAGCUCUUCAGCGCCAAGCUCGAGCAGCUGGCCAGCAGGACCAACUCUCUGGGCAGGGCGACCGCCAGCCACUACGAAUGCCUCUCGCUGGAGCGCGCCGAGAGCCUGGCCUCCAUGAGCGCGCGGCUGCAGGCGGGCAAGGACAGCACCAUGCCCCGCGCGGGCCGGAGCCUGGGCCGCAGCGCUGGGGCCUCGCCCACCCACCCCGGCCCCCCGCCCUCGGCCGGGGCCUCGCCCAAGGCCAGCCAGUCCAAGAUCUCGGCCGUGAGCAAGCUGCUGCUGGCCAGCCCCAAAGCGCGCAGCCUGUCCACGCCCCCCACCAAGACGCUCAGCUUCUCCACCAAGUCCCUGCCGCAGUCCGUGGGCCAGAGCUGCACCCCGGCCGCCGGCGGGAGGCACAUGUCCUGGUCUACGCAGUCGCUGAGCCGCAGCCGGGGUGCCAGCCUGGCCGCCAAGCUGCCGCUCCGGGCCGUGAACGGGCGCAUCUCAGAGCUGCUCCAGGGCGGCGCGGGGCCCAGGGCCGUGCCAUCGCGAGCCGGGCCCGAGGAGGAGCGCGCCGGGGUCCCCGAGGACAAGCUGGCGGCUGUGCCCCUGCUGCCCUCGCCCUACAGCAAGGUCACGCCGCCCCGGAAGCCGCACCGCUGCAGCAGCGGCCACGGCAGCGACAACAGCAGCGUGCUGAGUGGGGAGCUGCCGCCCGCCAUGGGCAAGACGGCGCUGUUCUACCACAGCGGGGGCAGCAGCGGCUACGAGAGCAUGAUGCGCGACAGCGAGGCCACGGGCAGCGCGUCCUCCGCCCAGGACUCCAUGAGCGAGAACAGCAGCUCCGUGGGCGGGCGGUGCCGGAGCCUCAAGACCCCAAAGAAACGCUCCAAUUCAGGUUCCCAGAGACGGAGGCUCAUCCCCGCGCUGUCCCUGGACACGCCCUCGCCUGCGAGGAAGCCAGCCCCGGGCUCGGGGCUCCGCUGGGUGGACGGGCCCCUGCGCAGCGGCCAGAGGGGCCUUGGGGAGCCUUUCGAGAUUAAAGUCUACGAGAUCGAUGACGUGGAGCGGCUGCAGCGACGGCGGGGGGGCAGCGGCAAGGAGGGAGUGGGCUUCAACGUCAAGCUGAGGACCCUGGAGCGCCGCCAGCAGAGGAUCGCCGAGGUCCGGGCCAAGUACGAGUGGCUGAUGCAGGAGCUGGAGGCGACCAAGCAGCACCUGAUGCUGGACCCCGACCAGUGGCUCAGCGAGUUUGACCUGGAGCAGGUGUGGGAGCUGGAUUCCCUGGAGUACCUGGAGGCGCUCGAGUGCGUGACGGAGCGGCUGGAGAGCCGCGUCAACUUCUGCAAGGCCCACCUCAUGAUGAUCACCUGCUUCGACAUCACCUCCCGGCGCCGGUGAAGCCAACGCUGCCCCCUGACCCCGACCCCCGGGACCCGCAGCCAGGCCCACGCUCCAGGCCCCCGGGACCCGCAGCCAGGCCCACGCUCCAGGCCCCCGGGACCCGCAGCCAGGCCCACACUCCAGGCCCCUGGGACCUGCAGCCAGGCCCGUGCUUGAGGCCCUGUGCAGGCGGCGCUGAGCCCACGGAAGGAGGAUGAAGGUUGGUGGCAAGUCUGCGGUGGCGUUGAGCAGUGCUGUUUCUGGAGGAGAGGUGCCAACACCGGACACACGUGGGAGGAGAGAAUGAUGGGAGGCCCAGGGAAGUGGAAGCCCCAUGAGGCUGAAAAAGCACUUUGAGGAACUUUCUAGGACUUGUUUGUCCACAAGGACCGCUGGCAAAAGACCCCCCUCGGGCCCUGGGCUGCUGAGGAAGGGCAGGUGGGCGCGGGCUGCCGUGGAAGCCGAGACCACGCCGGAUCGUCACCCCGACGACUGAUUAAGUGCCUUGCAAAUCUUCACUGUCACCCACACACUCACGUCCUCCUCCGUUGUGGGCACAUGGUGCUAGUCAAGACGCAAACCACAACACAGCGCGAAGCGAGCCGUCGGGACUGUCCCCGCUCGCUGCUCCGGGCGCUGCGCCCUGUUCCGACUUGUGUCUCCGAGUCAUUGUGUGUAGAGCUGUUUCCUCGUCAGUGUUGCGUGUGAAUAAAUGUUACCCGUCUCUCACGGCUCUUCUGCUGAGGCCACCCGGCCACACGUGGAGGCCCCAGGGCCCAGCUGCUGUUUCUCCCACGGAGGGGGUAGCGGCAGGGGGUCUGGGCAGGCACCUGAGCUGGAGCGAUGAGAGGACAGGGCUUCUCUAAGGGGAGGGGCCUCUGCACCAGCCCCGCGUGUCCUGGGGGCGGGUGCGUGUCCGCACCGUGCCCCUCCAUGUCCCACACGUUCAGGUUCCGUUACCCGAUCAUCCGGGUGUUCAGGGCCCUGCAACGUUCUCAUUUCAUUCCAAAGACUCUGGACUGGAAGCUUGAACCCACACCGGCGCCAUCGCCUCUGUGCUCUGGGUUUGUGCGUGGAUCAGAGCAGGGAGUCUGCUGGUUCCGAGGCCUCCUGGGCGUGGAUGCGCUCGGGGGCGCCAGCCGUGCCGCUGGAGACUCGCAGGUUGGGGAACGGCUGGCCCGCGGGCGGUGCGUCAUGCCAAGGCAUGAGGGGUGAGUUAAACAUUUGGCCAAGUACAUCAGGCUGAUUUUUAAGUUGAUGCUUGUGUAUGGCCCACAGAUGAUGUGAUAAGUAUCUAAAUGGUGGGGAAAAGGUUCCGCCCCUCUGCUGGAGAGCAAGAAGGGACGGGGGGUUGCACACACACGUCCUGCUGUCCAGAGUGCUGCUCAGACAUCGCCAGCCCAGGAGCCGUAGGAGCCGAGCCGGCCCACAGCCCCUGCCUGGGCACCCAAGCAUUCCCAUCACAUCUGUGAGCACAGCCCUUCGGGCAGACGGUCAGACAGGGCUUGGCUCCGGGAACUCUGAGCCUUGUUCUCAGAUGAGGAUACUCAUCCUGCCACACUCCCUGAGGUUGUUACUGUACCCAUUUUAGUGAAGGGAACCGUGGCCCAGAGCGUGGGGGGACUGUCUCAUGAUACCAGCUGGGAGCAGGGCAUCCCCUGCCUUCUGCUCGCCCCCCCCCCCCCGCCCCUGCCCUCACCCACUGGGAGGUGCCAGGGUUUUGCAGAAAUGUGUACCCUCCAGCUCAGCAUACCUAUGAGCCUGCUUCCUGCUCCCGAGCCCCAGCACCGGCCCGCAGCCCGGGCCCCGGGGAAGCCUGUGUGCUCCUCGUCCAUGUGCCCCUGGGUACAGGUGCCCAGCCGCUCAGCCCCGCUCGGCCGUAGGAGCCGAGAUCUGGGAGUUCUCAGUCCCUGAUCUUCCUGCCGGACAGGGUUCCUCCAAACGGACAUUUCCCCUUGUUUCCCAGGCGUCCGUCCCCUUGGGGGGCGGGUCUCCCCAUCCCCUGGCCUCCCCACCCGCAGGCUCUGCCCACCUGGUCGCAGCAUGUGGUGAGCCAGCCUGUCCGACAGCAAAGUCGUGGAAGUGCCUCGGCCCCAGGGGACCCCAGUCUGGGUUUGAGUUUCUAUGUGGCGCCCUUCGGUGGCGGUUUGAAAGGAGAGCCUCUCGCGGGGGCACCCAUGGUGAGGGGCCUGGUCUUUGCUGGGAACAAAUCCAGGUCAGCAGGCAGCGCCCCUGGCCUUUCCCCGGGCACAUCCCGGGUCCCUCGCUGGGCAGACGCCUCGGGCCUGGCACCUUGCCUGGAGGGUCACGUGGCGGAAACAGCACAGACUUCGCUCUUCCCAGAUCUCCUUACCUGCCUCCUGCCACCCGGCCCGGUCUUCGUGGCCUCCACGAGGUCAGAGGGUUGCGUGAACCAGGAGCUGCCUUCCGCCGGCCUGGCUGUCCCCACGCUGCCCGUGAGCCGACCCUCAGGGCGCCGGCAGCGGGAGCGGGAGCAGUGGGUGGAGGCCGUUGUCGGUGCUGCCACCUCAGGGCACUGUGGCCGCCUUAGGAUGAGUCCUGUGAACACGGACGAAACACGAAUCUGGGCUGCGAUGGUGUGUCCUGGCCCCACCUGUGCGUGGGGCCACACAGAAGCCGGUCGGUCCUCAGGCCCGAGGAGCAAGGCUGGGGCAGGGGCAGGGGCUGGGGCUGCUCUGCAGCUGCUACAGUGACAGCGCGAGGCGGCCCCGCCUCCUUUCGGUCUGAGCAACAGAGAAGCACGAAGGCAGAGGGAUGUCAUCACCCACACGUGACAGGACAGAAACUGGGACUUGAAAUGAGCACCUAGAGGCAGAGCCUGAUCCCCUGCCUGAAACCCGCCCCUCCCCGCCCCCUAGUUCAGGGUGAAGAGGAAGCAUUCGCAGCAGAGCAAGCUGGGAUCCCAGAACCAAGCGCGAUGCUGUCACCCGGGAGUGAGGCCAUGCGUUCACGAUGGUGUUUCGUGUGGAGGCGACGUUGCUUUCUCCCGGGAAGUCUGCCCCGCCCACGAGCUGCGUGUUUGAUCUGGUCCUUGAAUUCGCCCCACGUUCGUCUCCUCCAGGUUCAUCUCCGGCUGCUGUUCCGGGCGCGGGGCCUUGUGUGAAGGCAGAGGUCGGCCCCACGUCGACAGGCUGGGAGGAGACCGAGGCCACAGCCCAGCGUGGGGACAGGAGGCAGGAAUCGGCCGUUGUCGUGUCAGCUGGAGCCGAAGGGUGUGCUCCGGCAGGUGGCCCUGGCCCCACGCGCCCGCACCGCCCAGGGCGGCGCCUCCAGCGUCGGACACGCAGGCACCGGUGCUGGUUCUGGUUCCCCUUCACACUGAGCAAGAAGCCCUGCUUUGGGCUGCGGUUCUCACGCUGAUCUGGGUUGGUUCACCCAUCACUUUUCUCCGGCGUUCGAUGGGAAAGCAGCCGUCGGCCCGGGCAGCUGUCUGUCCUGGGCCACCCCGACCCCUCGCUUCCAAAAUACCGAUUAGUGAAUGUUCUUCAGUUCCUUGUUCUAAGAGGGAUCUUUGCCUGAGAGACAUGACUGAAGAGGAGUUCUCUUCCCGCUGAGACCAGACGGUUCACGGACUUCCUGGCCCUGCUUUCCUGCGGGACACUGGCCCAGCCUCAAGUGCAUCGGAGGAGUUUCCACGCGGUCAAAGGCCAUGAAACUGGGCCAGGAAGAAGCACGUGGAAAGUUCUGUCCCCGACCAGCCGACGCUGGAUAAACUGUCUAUGCCCCUGUCCCUGGAGCCUGUCCACGGCGGAGGGUGCAACUCAGCAAGCCGCACGGAGCCCCGUCUGCCCGAGGGCCGGCCCUGCCCGCUGUGGUCUGGGCCGGGUGGAGCAGCACAGGACACCGUGCUGCCAGGGCACUGAGGGGUCUGCCCUGGGGGACGGGCACGCACAGGACGUGGAAGUAGUUUCCUUGCGUUGUCAUAGCUCUUCCUCCUCCUCCAGCAAAUCCGUCAACACCCAUAAAAACCCACAAACUGCGUCGCUCAGCAGUCUUCCUGACAAACACAUAUUUUUUCUGUUAUAAACGGCUUAUCAUUUCCAGAUAAAAACACGGUUCCAAAUCCACGAGACGUGCUUACCGUUCAAACUCAUAUUCUCCCGAAAAAGCUUUUUGAAGAUUCUUAGAAGCUGCUUUAAUCCACCUCGAAACAAAGACAUCUGCCUUUGGGCGGCCCGACUCAGAACCGAUGGUGUCACAGUGGGGGGCACGUGGAGCUGGAGGCGGUCAAGCCUUCCUUGCACGUAGCCGACAUCCUCCCCCCAUAGCUGUCCACGCCCACGUGGAGGGGUGAGGCCAAGGCCCCGCGUGCGCCCCCUCGCGUGGACAUAGAAAUCACCUCCGCAGCAAAAAAGGCUCAUUUCUUGCAUCCUCCCUUCUGCUGCCCGACACCCCCUCGUCGCCUUCGACUAAGAGGCUGCAAUUUACUUGUAAAUCGGGAUGUGGCUCCGGAGCAUCGCUUGCGACUUAUCACUUACCUGUGCGUCAGGGUGGGCGCUGCCGUCCGCGACUCCGCGUCCCCAUGCGUUCGGUGGGUCUGCGGGGGCUCUUCCCCUCCCUCUGGCGAGUCAGGGGCCGGGGAGGGAAGAGAAAGAAAGAAGCCAGGAGAACAGGGAUGAGGGCCCAGUCCUGCCAGCACAGGGCCAGCUCCAGGCUGAGCUGUUUCUAUGUGAGCAGCUGAUGGGGAAGAGGUACCUUCCUUCUGCGUUUGAUGAUGAGGGGCUUGGAAAUCUGCCUCCGUGGGCCUGGGUGGGGGGCAGUGGAGAGGACCCGGCUGGUUCGAGGCUGAAAUCUGAAAAACAAUGGCACAGGGGUUCGGCUCCUGCGAUCCCCUAAAGCCCGCCCGCUGCCCCUGAGAGGUGUGGAAAAGCAGCCAGAGCUCCUUACCUGGGACACACAGCACCGCCUUUUCCUGGAGAAACCAAAGCACUUUAGUGAGUCUUACAGCCCGAAAUGCGUGGGGGGUCUGGUCCCCUCCCCCGGCGGGAGCGGGAGGGCUGGGGUCCCUGGCUCAUGGCAGAGGCAGGUGAGCAGGAGGGACGCCUUGCGCUCCUGGAGUGAGGACACCUGCUGUGCAGCCUGGACGGGUCGCUGGACUGUGCUGAGCCCUGGGCUCCCCAUGGAGGGUCGGGGUCCCGAGAGCUGCCCUGUGGGGUCCUGUGGAGAGAAAGCGGGUAGCAGAGCGGGUAAUGGGCUUUGAAGGAGUGGGAGCCGCGGCGGGAGACAGCGCUGAGUCAGCAGGUGGCCGUGCACCGCGGGGCUCCUGGCAGGACUGGCUCCAGCCCGCGUGCGUCUGGGGCUCCUCCACGAGCUGCUGCGGCUCCAGGUGCGUGUCCGGUGGCGCACCACACGGAGGCGCUGACGUGUGUGCAUGGGGCGGGGCGGGUGCAUGUGUGCGAAGGUCUGCGGCGUGGUGAGGAGGCAGGACAGGGGCCCGGCUCCGACCCGGUUCUGACCCUGGUCCUGUGGCUUUGGGGGGUGGCCUGACUUCCCUGGAACUCUCUGGUCUGUAAAACGGGGACGUUGUGAUAAAUGCCCCUGUGGCUCCUCCAGCUCCGUCACGUAUGUAUGUGUAUGUAAAUAUGCUUCGCGUAGCCACGGGCCCGCUGGACGUUGGCGACAAGGCCUGCCCAAGUGCAUUUAUCGUGUCUGAAACAGAACAUUCACCAAGUUCAUGAAAUCCUGUUGGCAAAGUCAAUGGUUGUAUUUAAUGUCAUUGUUUGAAAUUCACUGUUUAACUGGAUAAAAGAUUGGUGCCGUUUUGAACAUGGAGUUCUUAGCUUACGAGUGUUUGCUGUUAAAAAUGUUUAAUAAAGUUCAUCUGUUAAAGUCAGAAAUGCAGCGACUCUGUCCGUGGGCAGGGCCCGGCAGCCCGUUAGAAGGAGGCUGGUCUGCGCCUGGGCCUGUGCACAGCUGGGCGGCCAGUCAGCCGUCCCCACGGGGGCCCGGACGGCAGGCGACCGGAGGACCCCCUGGCACCGGGAGUGAUGGUCGCGUAGACUGGGGCCGCGAGCCACGAGCUGCUGCCAUUUCCGUGUGAGACAUUGUCUGCGGCAUAAGAGGUGCACAGUGUUGUCAAAGGAGAUCCUGGUGUUUAAGAAGAUCAAAUGGUGCAUUAAAUGUUCACUUUCA